GUUCGGUUAAAAAGGAAAGUACUCUGCUAGAAAUAGAAAGAUGAAAGAUGAAAGAUGGAAGAAGAAGACGGGCAUGUCUCUGAAGAUUCCGGCUGUUUAGGAUCUCAAUCUUGGUCUGAUGAAUCCAUGAAUGAUUUAUGUGGGAGAUGGAUGAAACUAUAAGUUUGGUUUGAACAAGAAGAAGGAAGGUUGAAUGUUUUGCUGCGGAUUUAUGUGGAAAUCCGGAGGAGAAGAUUUGCAAGGUUUCUAUCCAGUUAGACCUGAAUGUCAACCAGAUGUUCCCAGGACCCGUUUUAAAUCAAGGGCUGGAAAGACUCUAAGUGCUAGAAGAUGGCACGCUGCCUUUACUGAAGAUGGCCAUUUGGAUAUGGAAAAAGUGCUUAGACGUAUACAGCGCGGAGGAAUUCAUCCUUCCAUCAAAGGCGCUGUUUGGGAGUUUUUGUUAGGAUGCUACGAUCCAGACAGCACUUUUGAGGAAAGGAACAUACUGAGGAAUCGCAGAAGGGAGCAGUACGGUGCAUGGAAAGAAGAAUGUAAGAAAAUGGUUCCUGUCAUUGGUAGUGGCAAGUACGUCACAAUGGCAGUCGUUCAAGAAAAUGGGAACCCAAUAGACGAAUCUUCUGUAGAAAACCAAGGAUGGAUCGUGAAAAACACUGUUACAGAUGAGAGAGUGCUACAAUGGAUGCUCUCACUACACCAGAUCGGCCUUGAUGUUGCUAGAACAGAUCGGUAUCUCUGUUUUUAUGAGAAUGAUCGUAAUCAAUCAAAACUAUGGGACGUUCUUGCCAUAUAUACGUGGUUGAAUCUUGAUAUUGGUUAUGUUCAGGGAAUGAAUGAUAUAUGUUCCCCAAUGAUAAUCCUCUUUGAUGAUGAAGGCGACGCUUUCUGGUGCUUUGAGCGGGCAAUGCGGAGACUAAGAGAAAAUUUCAGGGCAACAGCAACAUCAAUGGGUGUCCAGACUCAACUGGGUGUGCUCUCACAGGUCAUUAAGACAGUGGAUCCUCGUCUCCAUCAACAUCUAGAGGAUCUCGAUGGUGGGGAGUAUCUAUUUGCUAUUCGGAUGCUGAUGGUACUUUUCAGGAGAGAAUUCUCUUUCCUUGACGCUUUGUACCUUUGGGAGGUAAUGACAAACUUUCUGCAUUUCUUUUCUUGGUUCCUGGUUUUACUUGCCGUGAUUGUUUAUGAAGCCGUAAGAUCUUGCUGUGUGUUUAUUAUCUUCUUCUUUUUUGCGUUAUCUGCUGUUUGGGUAAUGAGAAUAAUGUGAGAUGGAUUAUGGUUGCAGCUGAUGUGGGCGAUGGAGUACAAUCCAACCAUGUUUGCAACGUACGAGGAACUAGAAAACCGAAACAACGCAGCAUCCGAUCCCAAGUUACUAAAACGGUAUGGCAAGUUUGAAAGGAAAUACAUAAACAGUGGGCAGAACGAGCAACAUCGCAACACGCUUGCUGUUUUUGUGGUCGCAAGCGUUCUACAGACAAAGAACAAACGUCUCUUGAAGGAGGCCAAAGGCUUAGACGAUGUUGUUCAGAUACUAGGAGACAUUGCGGGUAAUCUUGACGCCAAAAAAGCAUGUAAAGAAGCGUUGAAGAUCCAUGAAAAAUUCCUGAAAAAGGCUAAUAGUAAUAAGCAAUAAAGAUUUGCUCAAAACUUCUACUCGACGACUUUAUAUAUCAAACAUAUACUAAUACAGUUUUUGAUCAGAAGAUUGUUCAUUGCCGGCCAGAAAUUUUCUUGAAAGGUUCUGGAAGGAGAUUGAUGAGAAUCCUCUGCUGAAUAAUUUUUUUUUUUUUUUUUAAUUUGUUCAUUUUCUGAUGUUCUAUGUAUUUUGUGGUAAAAUGUGUGCCGUUUUUCAGUUAUACGAAUGAACUACGUACGGGCCACUAACCUCUCCUUACAUUAUUUGACUCUUGGUGAUAUUUCUUUUUCACAUUUUUCUGUUUUGCAUGAAUGUAUAAUCUUAAGAAAAAUCGUUAAAUGUAUAUAAUGAUUAUUUUUUAAUUAAAGUAAAUUAAUAUUUUUA